CAUGGUUAAAAAGGUGAAAAUGAGUUCUCACUCAGAGAGAACAAAUGAAAAGAAUACGACGUUUAUCUGGAUUUCAACUGUCUAUAAUUUCAUUGCAAGGCUGUGAACAAAUGUGAGAAGGUGUAAGGAUGCACAACUGCAAACGAUUCAGUCGAAGUUGGACUUUCUUCAGUGCAGAAUAAAAGGGAUCAAUAUCAUGGUGAGCCAGUGUGGGGGCAACGAUAGCCAGUUUCAUGCCAAUCCAUCGGCUUACCACCAACCCUUCAUGCAGCCCAGGCACAAGAUGUCGGCCAGGGGACAGACUUUGAACUGGCCGGAGCUAAUCCAAGUCCAGACUCUACUGUACAUCUGCUGCGCUGCAACCCCUGCUUCUGCUGCUCCAUGUGGCAGGGUCCUCACCUUCAGGGGGAUGGAAACCCUCAUCACUAACUGUCUCGACUACCUGCUGAGAUAGUGGCACAUAAAUAUGAUAUUCAAGUUUACUUCCUCAUUGCAGAGGUUGUUGGCAGGACCUUUUUGAGGAGUAUAUUUUUCUUAUUGCGAGGAAUAGUUCCCAGAUUUCCCAUCAACCAAGCUGGAGGAAACUGAUGGCUGCUACAUUUUCACCGGAUGUUAAACACUGCCUGGAUUUUAAAAAGGAUCAUUAGCAACCACGACCACCCAUCUGCUCCGGAGCUACCCGCUUGCUUACGCCUGUGUGUGAAUAUGAGAAUUGUAGUUUAAUUGUGUGUUUGUAUCAAAUGGCGUAAGAGAGAUAAAAGAAAACAAAGCAUUUUUAAUCGGAAAGUACAAAAGAGGACACAGCAAGGAAGUUGAGUUCAAGGAGUAGCAGCUAUGACCCGGUGGAGGCACCAUUCGAGGACUGGGUGUCGACUAUUUCAGUCUGGGAAGGACAGGACAAGGAUGAUGGGAUACGUAGGACUUGAAGUUUCCUUGAGGGCCAAUCGGUGGGUGUCCUCUCUAAUAUGGCUGGGACUGCUGCUGCUGCAGGCAUCCCCAGCUGCCGUGUCGGCUGAGAAACUCGAUGAAAAUGACCCUGUGGUCACCACUGCCUACGGCAAGCUGCGUGGUGUCAAGAAAGAGCUCAACAAUGAGAUCCUGGGUCCAGUCGUGCAGUUCCUGGGCGUCCCAUAUGCUGCACCACCCACUGGCGAGCACCGCUUUCAGCCACCCGAGCCGCCGGCACCGUGGCCUGAGGUGCGAAACGCCACACACUUUGCCCCAGUGUGCCCUCAAAGCAUCGUGGAGGGCCGUCUGCCAGAUGUGAUGCUGCCUGUGUGGUUUACCAACAGCAUUGACAUCGUGUCCACGUACGUCCAGGACCAGAGCGAGGACUGCCUCUAUCUUAACAUCUACGUCCCCACUGAGGAUGGUCCCCUUACAAAGAAACACACUGAUGAUUUAGGUGAUAGUGACCGCACGGACGACGAAGACAUUAGGGAGAGUGGAAGCCCAAAGCCGGUGAUGGUUUUCAUCCACGGGGGCUCCUACAUGGAAGGAACUGGAAAUAUGUUUGACGGCAGCAUCCUGGCCAGCUAUGGGAACGUGAUCGUCAUAACUGUAAACUACCGGCUGGGCGUCCUAGGGUUCCUGAGUACAGGUGACCAGGCAGCCAAAGGGAAUUAUGGUUUGCUGGACCAGAUCCAGGCUCUGCGUUGGACGAGUGAGAACAUUGCAGCCUUUGGCGGCGAUCCGUUACGGAUCACCGUGUUUGGCUCAGGCGCUGGAGCUUCCUGUGUCAACCUGCUCACAUUGUCUCACUACUCGGAGGGCAACCGGUGGAGCAACUCCACCAAAGGCCUGUUCCAGAGGGCCAUCGCCCAGAGCGGCACAGCCUUGUCCAGCUGGGCCGUCAGUUUUCAGCCAGCGAAAUAUGCCCGGAUGUUGGCCCGUAAGGUGGGCUGUAACCUGGAGGACACAGUGGAGCUUGUGAGUUGCCUGCAGAGAAAACAUUACAAGGAGCUGGUAGAUCAAGACAUCCAACCAGCCCGCUACCACAUCGCCUUUGGGCCAGUUAUCGAUGGAGACGUUAUACCUGAUGACCCUCAGAUACUCAUGGAGCAAGGUGAAUUCCUUAACUAUGAUAUUAUGCUGGGAGUGAACCAGGGCGAGGGCCUCAAGUUUGUGGAGCUUAUCGUGGAUAAUGAAAAUGGCGUCCAGGCUAAUGACUUUGACUACGCCGUGUCCAGUUUUGUGGAUGACCUCUAUGGCUACCCAGAGGGUAAAGAUAUCCUACGGGAGACCAUCAAGUUCAUGUACACCGACUGGGCUGACAGGCACAACCCAGAGACUCGCCGCAAGACACUGCUGGCCCUGUUCACUGAUCACCAGUGGGUGGCGCCAGCUGUUGCCACGGCUGACCUGCAUUCCAGCUUUGGGUCACCAACAUAUUUCUACGCCUUCUACCAUCACUGUCAGACAGAACAGGUACCACCGUGGGCAGACGCAGCACACGGAGAUGAGAUCCCGUAUGUGUUUGGCUUGCCGAUGAUUGGGCCGACCGAGCUGUUUCCCUGCAACUUCUCCAAAAACGACGUGAUGCUCAGUGCCGUGGUCAUGACCUACUGGACGAACUUUGCCAAGACGGGGGACCCAAACCAGCCUGUCCCUCAGGACACCAAGUUCAUCCACACCAAGCCCAAUCGCUUUGAAGAAGUGGCAUGGACACGCUACAACCAGAAAGAUCAGCUCUACCUGCAUAUUGGCCUGAAGCCCCGGGUCAAAGAGCACUACCGCGCCAAUAAGGUCAACUUGUGGUUGGAGCUGGUUCCUCAUCUGCACAGUCUCAACGAGGUCACUCAGCUCAUUCCCACCACCACCAAGAUCCCUCCACCAGAGGUUACCAACCGUACGCCAAAGACCAAGGUUCUGGUGACCAAGCGCCCUAACCCAACUCCGUUCCCCACUGAGACCCAGGACAGCCGCAACCAGCCACACCUGGUGGACCAGCGCGAUUACUCCACUGAGCUAUCAGUGACCAUCGCAGUGGGAGCCUCCCUACUCUUCCUCAACAUUCUGGCCUUUGCCGCGUUAUACUACAAGAAGGACAAGCGUCGGCAUGAUGUUCAUAGGCGUUGCAGCCCCCAGCGUAAUGCAGCCAAUGACCUAGCCCACACUCAGGAGGAGGAGAUCAUGUCCCUGCAGAUGAAGCAGCACUCUGACCUGGACCGGGACUGCAGGGGAGUGGGCGACACCCUGCACCCGCACGAUGUGGUGCUGAGGACUGCCUGCCCGCCGGACUACACUCUGGCCAUGAGGCGCUCACCGGACGACAUCCCGCUCAUGACGCCAAACACCAUAACCAUGAUCCCCAGCACCAUGGGGGGGCUUACCUCGCUCCACUCUUUCAACACCUUCCCAAGCAGCGGGCAGAAUAACACCCUGCCCCACCCACACUCACACUCUACGACCCGGGUAUAGCCCUGUGGAUGUACCCACGCAGGUAGGACUCUGAUGGCUGAGGCAAGAAGCAAAUGCGGCUGCUGCUCCUACAGCAGAGACUUUAGGCCAACAAGGUGACAAACAGAUAUGUCAGGAGCUGAAAUGCCAGCCUGGAGUCGCUAGACACCCAUGGAUUUACAGUGGGA